AUGGUAGCGCAGCGAACCGCUUCCAGCUCUUGUAAUACACGCAGUCGCAGCGUCAGGAACAAUCUUUCUGUCGCACCUCACGGGGCUCCUGGUCACCAAAUCGACGACUGCCCUGGCUGUCGUGCAGAAAUGAACGAUGCCAUCCAAGCCUCAUUGCGCUCUGCCCAGCAAGAGAACGAAAAAAGGCAUCAAGAACAGCAAGAGCAGCAAGAACUUCAACGAGUUUACGCAGCCAAUGUCGAAGAGAAUGAUCGUCAGCGUCGUCUCGCCCAGGAGGAAGAACAGCUUUUGCAGCAAGCCAUCGAAGACAGUCGCCGUGAAGCCGAACAGCAAGCACAGCGCAGUAGGCUCAACGAGGAACUCCUUAUCGAAGAGUCACGGCAAUAUGCGCUCCGCCAGCGCGAGGAGAGCGCCAAACGUGAAGCACAGAUGCUUGAAGCCGCCAAGCUAGCCUCGUCUGAGCAAGAAGAGAAAAGGCGUCGCGAACUGGUUGCCAUGCACGAUGCCGAAAAGAGAGCGCUUCAACUCAGCUUGCAGGAGCAAGAAGAGGAGUGGGCUCGCCGCGAAAGUGCCGAACGAUCCGUACUCGAGUUUCUAGACCAGAGGAGCAGUAAGGACCCUUCCGCAGCAUCUUCAAGCUCCUCAGUGCAACCGCAAUCGUCGUCCGUAGAGGCUGACGAUCUCGACGCAGAAUAUUGGCGAUUUACCGGCCAUGACGAAGCCUAUCAGCUUGCUCUCCAGAUGCAGCAAGCGUCCCUAUCUGACUCUCACCAACAGAAGGUUGCAUCGACGUCACGCACUCGUCGACCCCUUCCGCGCACGCCUGAAGCGCAAGCGCACGGCGACGAGACUGGAGAUACUACGUUCUGGUCCGCAAGCAAACGAGACAAAGAAUCCGCAUCUUCACAGCCAGCCACCCUCUACAAUGCCACGCAAGAAGCACCUCCAGCAUACUCAGAGGCAACCCAGCCUGGGCCGUCAAAUCCUUCAAAUGCCCGCAUUUCUGCAGGUCGCCCACCAGAAAAGGCAUGCGCAGAUCGCUACGAUGCUGCGACACUCGCCAAUCUCAAUCGGCCAGUCUUGCAGCAUCAGUCUUCUUCCUCAAGCUCAGCGUACAGUCAGUCACAGGGGAGCGACACAACACAGUCUCUUAGAACCAGUUUCGGAGGAGUUUCGCAGCAGUCGAACACCUCGCAGCCUUCGAUGAGUGCCCAGGAGUCGUCUCCCGCUCCGGACCCGGCUUCCGCUUCGCCUUCCAUCCCACAACGUGGCAGCUCGCACUCUACACCAGCUCCGAAACGUAUGAGCUCGGCAAGCUCCAUCGCCCCUGAACAACGAGGACAGCGAGCGCUCGCCGGUCUCGAUUUUGGCUACUGCAGCCUUCCUUUUGCCGACAAACUCGUCAGGAGCCCUCUUCCCUCUUCGCAGUCUGCGUCCAUGACGGACUUGGCAUUCGCAUCUUCUGCGUCAAAUUCAACGUCUGCAUCGACGAGCAAGGCUCUCUUUCCUUCUACCAUUGAGCUCUCCAAGGUGGCUCAAGACUCUGCGAGCGGCGCCAGACUUUCGCCUUGUAGCUUCUUUGUUCUUCGCGCUUACUCCUGGAAGAGUUUGCUUCGGGCAAUCGCGUGGUACGGCAACAGUCGGGUCGAGGCCGCGCCUGCAGAAGUCGCGGCUGCCAGUGAUCGACGCUCUCGUUGCCUCUUGCACGCCGAGGUCGAGUUUGUCACGCCGAUCCGGGUCGACAUCGGCUAUGGCGUUGGCGAGUAUGCCAGAGCCGCACAGAGCACUGGUAGCAUGCCCAAGAAUCCUGCGCCUGUUCAUGUAGCGUUGUGUCUGUCGCUCUUGCCCGUGUCCGCCUCGAAGUCGCCCUCCGCGGGCGAGGCGAGUGCGUGGCUCAAGUCAGACGAGUAUCAGAUCAUCAAGCGAGAGUCGAGGCGCUUGGAUGCGUGGUACGCUGGCAAAGGCUCCACAAGGCGUCUCAUCCAGCUUGCGCGUCAACCGCCGGCACUUCCCGUGGUGAUGGUUCAGAUCGCUCAGUUAUUGCAUGCCUCGCAUUCGUUUAGCGCGGCUUGUCCAUCGUCUGGCUCAACAGCACGCCACUCACCGCGCGACCUGCACCAUGCCAUCGAACGACAUGACGAAGGCUUUGUGCGCAAACAGCAGGCUAUGCUCACCGCUGGUUCAGCCCUGGCGGCGCAAUCUGGUGCGGGUACACCGUCCAAUCCACGGCUCAGCAUGCAAAGUCCCAGUCGCACGUCUAUCUCGGGUGAUCGAGUCGCAGGCGCAGACGAUGACGAGCUCGACGAUGACGAUGAUGACGGGGACCAAGUCGAUUUCAACGAUUUCAGUCUGCUGGCAGAUGGGUCGUUUGAUGCCCAAGAUAAAGAGCUCAUGGGCAAGCGUCAGAGGCUCAAAGCUAAGGUCAAACGGCGUCUUGCAAAGCGCAAUUCAGAUGGCAGAGUUGUCGAUGAAGAUCUUGCUACAUGGAUCACCCCCUUCGACCUUUCGCAGCAUGGAUAG